AUGAUUUAUUUUAAGCUGAUUUUGUGUUUAUUUUUCCAUCAGUUGGAUGCUUCCACUGAAGGGGAGGAUCUGAUAAGUAAACUUCCGGACGAUACUCUUGUUGAUAUUAUAUGUCGAUUGAAUCUUGAGGAAGCUGCAAGGACUAGCAGUCUUUCGAGUAGAUGGAAGCAUUUGUGGAAUUUUAGCACCGUCCUUAACUUUGCUGCUCCAAGGAAGCUCUGGAAGUUUCCGGUGAUUACAUUGUUAUUAACGAGAGCAUAUCUUUACACAUCCAGUAUAGAGAAACAUAAAACUGAAAUAGAUGAAAGAAAGAACAGGUACAUCAGUUGGGUGAAUAAAGUUUUAGAAUUGCAUAGAGGUUCAAGCAUAAAUGAGUUUAGAAUAUGUUUUGAAUUGGGUGGUUCUCAUGAAACGAGGGUUCAAAAGCUUGAGUUGAAUUUGGAACGAUGUUUGGGAGGUAGUGGGAAGAAAUAUACAUUUCCACAAGAGUGGAAUAACAUCCUUGAAACUCCCCAUGGUUUAUCUGGUCUCAAAUCUCUAAAGUCUCUUUCUUUAGUUGAUGUGUGUGGUACCCGAGAGACUUUGGAGAUUUUUAUUUAUAAUUGUCCACUUCUUGAGCAGUUACGGGUGGAAAACUCGGAAUCGUUAUCAGGAUUAAAAGUUUUUGGUUAAAAUUCAGUUGAAAUUUCCGCUCCAAGUCUAUUGUCUUUCAAAUAUUAUGGAAGACAAAUCAAGUUACAUGUUGGGAAUGUUCCUUUACUUCGCGAUGUAUCAAUUGGUGGGGACUAUCUCACUCAGCUGGUGACUCUUGAGUUGCAUUUGGACUUGCAUAAGGAUGAUGUGCAAUUCCCAAUAUGCGAAUUACCUACUCUAAGGCACUUAACCUUUGACAUUUCUGGCCCUGGUAGUAUAAACCUCCUUGGAUUGACUGGCAUUAUACUCGCAUGCCCUUUCUUGCAGAAGUUAACCUUGAAGGGUGACAAUAACAGUCAUGAUAUUUAG